AUGGAACAAAUCCAAUUUCUCUUUAUUUUUUCCUUUACAAUUAUAUGCCUAAGUAGUCCAAUCAUUCGAGCAAUACCAUCUGAUCCAAGAAGGUUGGUCCUUAAUCUCACCCAUCGAGAUUCUAUUCAUUCUGCUUAUCACAAUAGAAGUGAAGACUUCACAACCCGCCUAAAACGCACCAUGCAAAUUAGAAGAACUUUGUCAACCACGGACAUCGAGGCUGACCUUGUUCCUAGUAAUUCCCUUUUUUUAGUAAAUUUCUCUAUAGGCCAACCACCUAUUCCUCAGUUAGCAAUAAUGGACACUGGAAGCAGCCUUCUAUGGGUUCAAUGUCAACCCUGUCGUCGAUGCUCCAAUCAGUAUAGUCCAAUAUAUGAUUCAAGAAGCUCCUCCACAUAUAAGGUAUUGCCAUGCACUUCUGAGGAUUGUAUCUCUUCCAAACGUCCUAACACCUCGUGCACCUCGUCAGAUCCAUGUUCUUACCGCCAGAAAUAUCGUAGGGGUGUUGGCUCAAAAGGAAACCUUGCCAAGGAGCAACUUAGUUUUAGAACAUCAGAUGAUGGUUUGAUUGUUUUGCAUGAUGUGAUAUUUGGUUGCGGUUCCAAUAAUGGAGACCUCCAAAGGAGUAAUAGGCUAAUGAGUGGAGUAUUUGGACUUGGCUACCUACGCACUUCAUUGGCUACCCGACUAGCUAAGUUCUCAUAUUGUAUCGGUGGCAACGUUUCUGACCCUAGCUAUAUUUAUAACAAAUUGGUUCUGGGUGAUGGAGCUGGAGUCGAGGGAGACUCAACCCGUUUGGAAGUGAUUGAUGGGGACUAUCAUGUUCUUCUUGAAGGCAUUAGUGUCGGAGAAGAAAAACCUCCAAUAAAUCCUAAUAUAUUCAGAAGGACGGGUAGGGACAGUGGAGUGGUCAUCGACUCCGGUUCAGUUUCUACUUGGAUGGUAAAAGAAGGAUAUGAUGCACUAUUCAAUAAAGUCCAAAGUCUACUAAAUCCCUGGUUGACUCAGAGUUCUAUACAACUUGAUCCAGAUCUUGAUCUUGUGGCAGUGUGCUACAAUGGAACAAUAAAUCAAGACCUCGAGGGAUUUCCAACAGUGACAUUUCACUUUGUUGGAGAAGCUGAAUUGGUGCUAGACACGUCGAGCUUAUUUGCUCAAAUCGAACCUGAUAGAUUUUGCUUGGCUGUGUUACCAAUUGAUGGCAAUCAAACUAUAAUCGGCUUGAUGGCACAACAAAAUUACAAUGUAGCUUACGACAUUAAUGAAAAGAAAUUGUCUUUCCUAAGAAUAGAUUGUCAACUCCUAGAGGACUGA